GUGUUGAUGUUCCCGCCGCCCCAUUUCACGACAUGAGAAGAGGAACUCCUCCUGGGUCCAGGGCCAAUCCGUUCCGCGGGUUCCUCGACGGCACCUGACGGCGGAGAAAGAAACAGAUGAGUUCUGUACGCGUGAGUAGGGUGGUCGUCCAUCGGAGAGUAUCCGAAUUCCCGGCUUCUUCUGAUUGGACCACGGCCCCCCGCGGUUCCGAUACUCGGGCGAAUUCCGAGCCUGGCGCCCCCUGGCCCGAGAACACUUGUUCCGCUUGUUCCUGUAGGAGCGCAGGGACCGUAAACGCCUGUAAUGCCGGUGCGUGUUUCACCGCUCGAAGCUUUCUCGGCACUAAAGUUCUUGCGGAACAUCAAAUUCAUUGUGAUGUCGUUUCAGAAUCUUACGGCUGGCAAGAUCUUAUAGCUCCCAAAUAUUUUCCUGUAAAAACACUUCCAGCUCCAUUACCAAUAAUAUCUCUUGGACUUUGGGGCUUUGCAAAAAAAGAUGACCUGGAUAUAAGCUCUACUAAGUCUAGAAAUGCUUUGUUUGCAAAAGUUGACGCGUUGUAUGAAAAUCGGGAGUAUAGCAAAGUCCGGGAUAUUUUGGAUCAACUUAGAGAUUCAAAAGAUGUUGAAGUUUUAUGGCGACUCGCAAGAGCUCUUUAUAAUAUGUCAAAGACAGCUAGUGAUGUUGAAGCUAAAAAACUAAUUUAUGACGCUUAUAAUCUCAUCACUGAAGCUGCUGCUAUAGAUGACAAACACUGGGCUGUUCCGGACUCCUCUUUCGAAGAAGCGCUGCAGUACCUGGAGGCUGCUGAAAAAGCAGAUCCGCUGUUCUACAGCCACAACCUUCUGCUCUUAGGGAAGACUUACCUGAAAUUGGAUCGCAAGGACGAUGCGAUAAAGUUCCUGAAGAUGACUGCGGAGUUUCCUGCCAAGAACGACGACGAUCAGAAAGCCAAGCAGGAAGCCUCCAAGAUUUUAAACUCUUUUUAA